AACUUCUUCCCGUAACAGCCCAUCGGCGCCCUCCGCCUCACCCAGUGGGUCCCGGGGGUUGCCUUCAAUCGACGGCUGAAAUUCUGCCGUUCUCUUUGCUUUCUCACCGACUCCGUCACUUUAGUCGUUUCAAUUUCGGUCUACUUCGUGAACUACGUUUCCAAUUUCCGAAGCAACUUCCGAUUGAUUUCCUCAUCUCUGUUCACCAUACCGACGCCUGACUUUUCCUCCGGCGAAUUGAUUGAUAUUCUCCCAAAAUACUAAUCGGUUUAUCACUCGAACUAUCUCCUCCGCAGGCUAGCCCUUUCUGAAGUGCACUGAAGCCUCAAGAUAAUUUAUUCCCGGAUGAUCUUUACUUUUUCACUUUGCAAGGUUUUGCUUGAUGGGAUGGAGGGUGUUCUUCUACACUCUGUUUAUUCUCUUCAAAAUGGUUGAAUCCUCCAGUAGAUCAGGGAAGAUGUGGUUACUGAAUUUAAGCAGCGAAGCAGCACCUAACUUCAGCUGGACAAUUAUCAGUGCUGGUGUAUUCGUCUUUGUUGCACUUGUUCUUUCCACGUUUCUCAUCAUUGAACAUUUAGCAGCUUAUAAUCAACCAGAGGAACAGAAGUUUUUGAUUGGGCUUAUUUUGAUGGUUCCUGUUUACUCUCUAGAAUCGUUCCUGUCAUUGUUAAAUUCAGAUGGUGCAUUCAACUGUGAAGUGAUACGGGACUGCUAUGAGGCAUUUGCAUUAUAUUGCUUUGAAAGAUACCUUAUUGCUUGCUUGGGUGGUGAGAAACGUACAGUUGAAUUCAUGGAAAGUCAGACUGUUGUUGACUCUAGCACACCUCUUUUGGCGGAAAAAUAUGCAUAUGGGGUUGUAGAACAUCCUUUUCCCUUAAAUUGCUUCAUAAGGGAUUGGUAUCUUGGUUCUGACUUCUAUCAUGCGGUGAAAAUUGGUAUUGUGCAAUAUAUGAUAUUGAAGAUGAUAUGUGCGCUCCUAGCUAUGAUUCUUGAAAGUUUUGGGGUCUAUGGAGAAGGAAAGUUCGAGUGGAGAUAUGGUUAUCCCUAUUUGGCGGUUGUACUUAAUUUUAGUCAAUCGUGGGCCCUAUAUUGCCUUCUCCAAUUCUAUUCUGUCACGAAGGACAAAUUGGAAUCAAUUAAACCAUUGGCGAAGUUUCUUGUGGUCAAGUCAAUCGUUUUCCUCACUUGGUGGCAAGGUGUUGCUGUUGCCUUUCUUUUCUCAAUAGGAGCUUUCAAAGGGUCAUUGGCUCGGGAGCUAAAGACACGCAUACAAGAUUACCUGAUAUGUAUUGAGAUGGGUAUUGCUGCCGUUGCACAUGUUUACACCUUUCCAGCAGUACCUUAUAAACGUGGAGAAAGAUGUGUUCGUAAUGUUGCAGUGCUGUCUGACUAUGCGUCCCUAGGAACGCCACCUGAUCCGGAGGAGGUUAGAGACUCUGAACGAACAACUAAAAUACGUUUGGCUCGCCAUGAUGAGAGAGAGAAGCGUUUGAAUUUUCCUCAGAGUGUUCGAGAUGUUGUCAUUGGAAGUGGUGAAAUUAUUGUUGAUGACAUGAAGUAUACAGUGACACACGUAGUAGAACCAGUUGAAAGGGGGAUUGCAAAACUUAACAAAACAAUCCAUCGAUUCUCUGAAAACGUUAAACGGCAUGAAGAGCAGCGGAAGAGUGCCAAGGAUGAUAGCUAUCUGAUUCCUUUGAAUUCCUGGUCAAAAGAAUUUUCUGAACUCGAAGAAAAUCUUACUCAAGGCAGCGUAAGUGACAGUGGAAUAACGAAAGGUAAGAGACAACAUUUGUCUCAAUCAAAAGCUACCACUUCUCGAAUUAGAAUUGGCAGAUAAGAUAACAUUUCAUUUUGUGCAUAAAGGAAUGUAAAUCGUGCAGCAUGAUGAUUUUUAACCAUGCUGAUGUUAGUUUAGAGAAUAGAAAUAUGUGAAUGGCGGGGACUUUAACUGACAAAAAAGUACUGGUCCUGGUCCCUGGUAGAGCUAACCCUUAACCAAAAUUAGCUUCAGACACAGGAUGAUUUGACAAAAGAAUCGACGGUGCCUUCAGAUUUUUUUUUUUGGUCUUCUGUAGACAUGUUGACUUUUGAACCAUCAAUUUAAGUAAACUCUCUACCCUUUGAACUGAACAAUUGUUUGAAGGGGAUGUAAAUGCCGCCAAAUUUCCCUUCAUGCCAGUCUUCAUUAACUAUAUUGAUUAUGAACUAAUCAUGAACAGUGAACUUACCACAAAUGUUGCUCUCUCUCCCUCGUUCUCAGGUUCAUGUACUGGUUUAUUUCUGGCAUUUUUGGGUUGUAUAAAUGGAUUGUAUAAAUAUAUAAUUGAUGCUAAGUAUCGACUAGAAAAUCAGGGCCAACUAAUGAGUUUGUAAUGAUUUUAGGUCACAUUUGGAUGGAGGAUUUUGAGUCCGGUUUGUAAUUUCUAUUACAUUCUCUUUUCAUUGUUUUCA